AUGAGCUCAUCUAUCUCCCUCCCUCUCUCUUUUUUCGCCUUCCCUUCACCGUCUUUCUUGGGGGGUGGUUGGAAUCUAGCUAUGAUGAGUUGUGCGAGGGAUUGA